AUGGAAGAGGACCAGGAGCUGGAGAGAAAAAUACAUGGAUUGAAGACCUCAAUGGCGGAAGGCGAGAGGAAGACUGCCCUGGAAAUGGUCCAGGCAGCGGGAACAGAUAGACACUGUGUGACCUUUGUAUUGCACGAAGAAGACCAUACCCUAGGAAAUUCUCUUCGGUACAUGAUCAUGAAGAACCCAGAGAUCGAGUUUUGUGGUUACACGACGACCCAUCCUUCAGAGAGCAAGAUUAACUUGCGCAUUCAGACCCGCGGCAGCCUUCCAGCCGUGGAGCCACUCCAGAGAGGCCUGAACGAACUCCUGAAUGUCUGCCAGCAUGUUCUUGACAAGUUUGAGGCAAGCAUCAAGCUCUACAAGGACCAAAAAGCAGGGCAAAAUGAACCCACACUCUAG